AUGCGAGAGAUCCUGCGCGGCGCCGAUGGACCGCCGAGGAUGUUCAGUCCGUUGGUGACGCGCGGCGGCGCGAGACGCGGCGACGCGCCGUUAGCGGUGUACUUGCCGGGAUUAGACGGCACUGGAUUCAGCGCGGCGUCGCAGUUUGAGUACAUCGCCGAUGAAUUCAAUCUCAUCGCGCUGAACGUGCCCGCGGGCGAUCGUGGUGACGUUUUCGAUUUAGUGAAAGCGACGACGGCUUACUUGGACACGCACGUCGCGGCGGCGCGCGCGAACGGUGAGAACGAGGACGUCUAUCUCAUCGGAGAGUCGAUGGGUGGUAUGCUGUCUUUGUGCGUCGCAAGUGAGCGUCCAGAUUUGAUCACGCGCUUGAUUUUGGUCAAUCCCGCGAGUUCGUUCGAUCGAAGCGCGUGGCCGGCGCUCGGCCCGUUGCUGCCGAACGUCCCGAGCGAAUUGUGGGGCGCCGUGCCGUACGCGCUGACGCCGGUGCUGAUCGAUCCCGUACGCAUGGCACGCGGUAUGAUGGAUAAAGUCAUGUCGUCCGCGGUGUCGGACGAUCCGUUGACAACCAUCGCGGCGGGGGUGGAAGAGCUCGCCGGAUUGCUACCGGCGCUUGGCGCGCUGGCCGAAAUCAUCCCGCGCGAGACGCUCGCACAUCGAUUGGAUAAAGUCCUUCGCAUGGGAUGUGAAUACUUGAACAGCGAUGAUUACGCCAAGCUGACAGCGAUUGACGUGCCCACGCUCGUCAUCGCAAGUGAGAACGAUAAUCUGAUACCGAGUUUGGCCGAGAGCGAACGUCUCAGGAAGUUUUUGCCCCGCGCCAAAGUCGAGGUAUUGAAAGGUGCGUCGCACGCGGCACUUCAGGAGCCGGGGGUCAAUGUAAUGACCAUCGCGCGUCGAAAUGGGUUCGUUCCAAAGCGUGCAGAUGCGCCGGUGAUGACGCGUGACGCAAAGUUUGAUCCACCGUCGCCGGCGGACAUCGAACGCGCUCGCGAAAGUCUCGCAGGUUUGCGAGCGCUGACGUCACCGGUGUUUUUUAGCACGCGACCGGAUGGGAAAAUUGUGCGCGGUCUCAGCGCGGUACCAAUACGCCAACGUGGUUCGCGACCGAUCUUGCUAGUUGGGAACCACCAAACGAUGGCGCCGGAUCUCGGAUUUCUAGUAGAUGAAUUCUUGCGUGAAUACGACGUCUGCCUUCGCGGCUUGGCGCAUCCUGUGGUGUCGCGCGAAGGCGAGCCGAAGCCCCCGCGGCGCGCGAUGAAUAUUGUCGGCGGCGGGUCAUCAUUCACGUCUUUCGGCGCCGUGCCCGUCAGUGGCUUCGCGUUGUUUCGCCUACUAAAACAAGGCGAGGCCGUGUUGCUCUUUCCGGGUGGCGUUCGCGAAGCGUUCAAACGAAAAAACGAAAAGUACAAACUCUUUUGGCCUUCCAAGCCAGAGUUCAUUCGCAUGGCAAUCAAGCACGACGCGAUAAUCGUCCCGUUCGCGGCGAUCGGCGCCGAGGACUCCAUCGACAUCGUCGCCGACGCCAACGACUUGAUGAAUAACCCUAUCGUGGGCGAUUCCGUCCGUAAACGCUCGCAAAGCGUUCCGAAGGCGCGCGCCGUCGACACUCGCGUCACCGCGGACGCGGGAGAAGAGGAGUUAUUCAUCCAGCCUGUCGUCGUACCCAAAGCCCCUGAGCGCUUCUACUUUCGUUUCAUGGCGCCUAUUGACGUGAGUGGAGCGGAUUUGGAUGACGAAGAGCGCGUCAAGGCGAUUUACGAGCGAGUAUACGGUGAAGUUGAAGGCGGUAUACAGUAUCUGUUGCGCGAACGCGAGAGCGAUCCAUUCAAAGAGCUUGCGCCGAGAAUAGUGUUCGAAGCGGCGACCUCUACGCAGGCGCCGACGUUUCGUUAA